AUGGCUGGAUCAAACCCGCCUCGUGCAUUUCUUUUUGACGUUGGCGGAGUUUGUGUCGUGUCACCAUUUCAAGCAAUUCUAGACUAUGAGAAAUCGAACGGAAUUCCUCCAGGAUGGAUAAAUUUCAGCAUCUCACGAACAUCACCAAACGGCACAUGGCACAAACUAGAGCGCGGUGAGAUAUUACUAGAUGCCAACUUCUUUGAAGGCUUCAGGCGAGAUCUCCAGCAACCUCAUUUAUGGAAAGAGUAUCAUCAACGAUUGCAACAAAAAGAAGGAAACUCUUCUACGAUGGCCGAGAGUCUUCCGCCUCUGCCCAAUAUCGAUGCAGAGUUUCUGUUCUGGGAGAUGAUGCGUGUAUCUCGUGAACCAGAUCCGUUCAUGUUCCCUGCCUUGGGGAAAUUGAAGGCAUCGGGAAAAUACUUGAUGGGCGCAUUGUCUAAUACAGUCAUCUACCCACCUGGUCAUCCCUACAGUGAGGAUACAAUAGGGCUACGGAAACAAUUCGACUUUUUCAUCUCUUCAGCACAUACUGGUCUCCGCAAGCCACAUCCAGAGAUAUAUGCGUAUGCACUGGAAAAGAUCAAUGAAGUUGCGGCGCAGAAGGGUUAUUCUCCGAUCAGUGCAUCUGAGAUUAUAUUUCUGGAUGAUAUUGGAGAGAAUUUAAAGGCAGCUAAGAAGGCUGGUUUUGGAACGAUCAAAGUUGUGCUUGGAAAAUCGCAGGAUGCGGUCAAGAAGUUGGAAAAUAUCACUGGUCUUCAGCUGUUGGAUAGUAGUGAUAGGCCAAAGCUAUGA